AUGGUCACUGGUGAAUCCCUACCAGUUGAGAAGUACCCAGGCUCCCCAGUCAUCGCCGGAUCGUUGAAUGGGUCUGGCGUCAUCGUGGUACGACUGACACAUCUUCCUGGCGACAAUACUAUAAGCACGAUUGCGACCAUGGUAGACCAAGCCAAGUUCUCUAAACCCAAGACCCAGGAGAUUGUGAAUGUUGUUGCUGGUUAUUUCGUCCCCGUUGUCUUGGUCCUCACCAUCAUCACUUUCGCUAUUUGGGUUGCUAUCGGUGUUGCAGUGCGUCACCAAAGGAGCGGCCCUGCUGCCGUGAACGCAAUCACCUACUCUCUGUCAGUUCUUAUCAUUUCCUGUCCAUGCGCAAUUGGUCUGGCCGUUCCCAUGGUCGUCGUUAUUGCCGGAGGUGUAGCAGCAAAACAUGGUGUUAUCUUCAAGUCCGCUACGACGAUUGAAGUGGCACGCAAUAUUUCUCAUGUUGUCUUCGAUAAGACCGGAACUCUCACCCAAGGUCGACUUGCGGUCAUGGAAGAGCUAUACCUCUCUGAAGACCAGGCUCUCGCAGCUGCCGUUACUUUGGGCUUAACCCGCGACAACAAACACCCUGUUUCCACCGCUCUUGCCUCGUGCCUUAACGAGAAGGGUGUCGACGCUGUCAGCGUGGAAGAUACCAAGUCGAUCACUGGCAAGGGAGUCCAAGGGACAUUUAGAGGUGUUGAAGUGCGUUGUGGCAAUACUCGCUGGCUCUCCGCGAACAAACGCCCUGAAGUCCAAGAUCUUCUGGUGAAGGGUCUUACAGUUGUUGGUGUGACCAUGGCUGAGGAGCUUGUCGCCAUCUUUGGUCUUUGCGACUCACUCCGCCCAGAAUCUCAAUUUGUCGUCGCUGAGCUCCAGAAGCGCAACAUUGGUGUAUCUAUCGUCAGUGGCGACGAUGCUGGAGCUGUUGACGCUGUGGCCGCCAAACUCGACAUUCCGGUUAGCCACGUUAGGUCUAGAUGCACACCCGGCGAUAAGCAGGAGUACCUCAAACGACUCAAAGCUGAUGAAGGAAAGAAAGUUCUCUUCUGUGGCGACGGUACCAAUGAUGCAGUGGCACUGGCUCAAGCUGAUAUUGGCGUACACAUCAAUACUGGUAGCGACGUCGCCCAGACCGCUGCUGAUGUUGUGCUUGUGCGUCCAUAUCUGUCUGGGGUCUUGAUCUUGCUGGAUUUGUCAAAGGCCGCUUUCUACCGCAUUUUCUUCAACUUUGCGUGGGCAUUCGUGUACAACGUAUUCGCUGUACUGCUGGCUGCUGGGGCCUUUGUUAAUGCUCGGAUCGAACCUCAGUACGCUGGGUUAGGAGAGCUCGUCAGUGUCCUACCCGUCAUCUUGAUUGCCCUGCAACUCAAGUUUUUCAGGCGACAGUAUUGA